AUGGCCAAGACCCCCUCCAAGAAGUCCGCCAAGGCGCCCAAGAAGGCCGGCGAAAAGAACAGGACCAACAAGAGGACCGAGUCGUACUCGUCGUACAUCUAUAAGGUGCUCAAGCAGGUCCACCCCGACACCGGUAUCUCAAAGCGCGGCAUGUCCAUCAUGAACUCGUUCAUCAACGACGUGUUCGAGCGCGUGGCCGGCGAGUCCGGCAAGCUCACCCGCUACAACAAGAAGGCGACCCUGUCCUCCCGCGAGGUGCAGACCGCCGUGCGCCUCAUGCUUCCCGGAGAGCUCGCCAAGCACGCCGUGUCCGAGGGCACCAAGGCCGUCACCAAGUUCACCUCGUCCUAA